CGUUCAGUCUGAGCGCACACUGUCCUGACACUAGAGCCUUCUCAUCAGGUUAGCACUUUCUCUCUUGUCAGGUUUUCGUCUCAGCCGUUUGUGAAGUCCAAAGGCAGCUGGUCUUUGGAAGCAACUUGAUUGGGGAAAUCCAGUACGCGUCUGUUUCUGUCCGCUGAAGAUGAGCCGCUCGCGCUGUGUUGCUCUGCUGCUGUUAGUGCUCUGCGGAGCCGCAGAGUUUGCCGAAGCCUGCAGCUGCUCUCCUGAACAUCCUCAGCAGGCGUAUUGCAAUGCGGAUGUCGUGAUCAGAGCCAAAGUAGUCGGACGAAAGGAGGUGGUAACCGGCAAUGAUGUCUAUGGCUAUCCAAUCAAAAUGAUCCAAUAUGACAUUAAACAGAUAAAGAUGUUUAAGGGCCCUGAUGGAGAGAUUGAUACCAUCUUCACGGGCCCCUCCUCAGCUUUGUGCGGGGUCAAUCUCGAGAACAAUGGCAAAAAGGAAUACCUGAUUACUGGUAAUAUGGAUUCAAAUGGCACAUUGCGUAUAAAUCUUUGCGACUACAUUGAAUCUUGGGAGUCUCUGAGUAUGACACAGAAGAAGAGCUUAGGUCAGCGCUACCAGAUGGGCUGUGAUUGCAAGGUCGUCCAGUGUCCCAUGAUUCCCUGUUCCAUUAACGACCCCACAGAGUGUCUUUGGACUGACUGGGUGCUGGAGGGAACAGUUCAGGGGACCCAGGCUCAGCACUACACCUGCAUUAAGAGGAGCGACAGCAGCUGUGCCUGGUACCGUGGAUCUGCCCCUCCUACAAAAGAGUUCAUGGACAUUGAGGACCCAUAAGCAAGCCCUCAGCUUGAUCACUCAUUCAGAAACCCCCCCACAACACAGCUUACCUUACCUUAAACUCACACCUUAAUUCUGCAAAUGCAUUCUAGAGCUCAUGAAACCUGUCAAGAACAUGUUUGGAUCACCCCAAAUUCAAAAGAAAAAGAUAAUAUAGAU